UAUUAUUCAUAAAUAUUCUUUCCAGACCAUGUUACGGUUCGCCCUGCUCGGAGCUGUCUUGAUAUGUGCAAGUCUUGUUGUGGGCAGGUCCCCACCUGAAGAAUUUGGCUGUAGAUAUAACAUGAUGGUCCUGAAACGUGGACAGAAGGUGUACAAUGGAUGUGAGACAUGCAAAUGCCAGAAGAACGGAGAAAUGAAAUGUAGUGAGGGAACUAUCUGUUGCCAAUACCUUGACAAAAAAGGAAAGACUAAACGAGCUGCCCCUGGUGACUCCUACAAUGACGGGUGUAACCAAUGCACUUGUGGAGAAGAGGGCGGUAUGGGAGCUUGCACCCGGAUGGCAUGUCCUGAUAAAUGUGCCUACAAGAACUGGGAUUUGAUCUCGGGGUAUGCUAAAAAGGGAAAGGUUAAUGCUUACGACGAGGAGGAAGACUGUCCCAAGCAGUGCAAGUGUAAGUGAAGAACGGGCAGGCAACUCUUAAGUGCAGUAAAGAACCUUGUGUUUAUUUCUAAACCAUGAAGUGUAAAACGCCUUGUGUUUAUUUCUAAACCAAGUGUAAAGCACCUUGUGCUUAUUUCUAAACCAAGUGUAAAACACCCUGUGUUUAUUUCUAAAUAUUGUAGCGAUAAACAAUUUUAAUCGUAUUGACGAAAAAUAUCUCUCCUGUAAAGAAUGAACAAUAUUUUUUUAACUAAUAAAGAAUGAAGAAUUUGAAAAUGUGUAACGUGGCACAGUUAGAAAUAUGUUGAUAACUUUUUUUAAAUAUGUAAUAUGAUUUGUAUGGUUAAAAUUGUAUUUUUGAUUUACUAUAAUCUUAUAAUAUAACAUGAUAAA